UUCGCAUUACAAUGAUUUUCUUCUCCAUUGGAGCUGUCCUUGGACAGACUCACCAUGGUCAUGGUCAUGAGCACAAUGUGGUCAGUCCCAGUCACGUGACUUCAACUAACGAGAAGACGACACAAAACCCUGACGACAUCCUCUGUCCGUACUUUUUGUCACUAGAUUGUGAUGCCCAGAUCAGCGAUCCGAAUUAUCGAGUUUGCGGAUCGGACGGUAUAACAUAUGUUAACAACUGUCGUUUUCUCCAAAAGUCUUGUCAAUUCGACAGUUUGGAAGUAGUUCACCAGGGGGCAUGUAACUCCAGUAGUACCACCCCUGUUACGGAUAUGACCAGCACCAUCCCCUUGAGUACCACAAUGAAAGCCCUAACGGCUGGCGUAAGUACUGUGACACCUUCACAUGGGCCAAUCGGAAGUUCCACUCAAUCCGCUUUGCCAGGUGAAACAACUGUUGCCAUAACAACAAUCCCGUCAAUCGCUCAGAUCGUCCAAUCUGUUUUCUGUGACAACAAAGAUAGUAUCAAGUGCGACUACCCGCCAAACUUGAAAUGUGGAUCAAAUGGAGUGACCUACCCAAAUGAAUGCGAGUUUUACAAGGCCGUUUGUGAUGAUUCCUCUUUAGUGCCAGCUGACCCAUCUAGGUGUGGGACACACUCUCGUCGUUCCCGGUAAUUUGUAUUUUCUGUCAAAAUAAUUAAAAUAGAUGGUAA